UUGAAUCAACCUUAAUAAUCAAAUCGAAGUUAACAUAAUCGAAAUGAACCGAAUCAGUAUCAAGCAUCAACCUUAUCCAAAUUCAUCCAACCCAAAAUUAACCCAGUCAAACCCGUUUUAAACUCUGAUCUGUAUUUAUCUGAACCAAAUAUGAACCAAUUUUAAGUUGACCCGACCCAAACCCAAUAAAUUUUGACCAAAAUUUAACACGAUUCGAAAGUAAACCGAUUCGACCUGAGGUGGGUUAAUAGGGUGGAUAGUUUUAAAUCGAAUAUACCCGAUCUGAAUAUAUUCGACCCGUCAUAAAUCCAUCCAAACUCCAUCCUGAAUUGACACCUCUAAGAGUAUCCAUCAUCUAAGAGUAGUUGUUAAAAGACCAAAUGAAGACCAUUUUAAAGGUUCACAUCUUUGUUCCCACUCCCAUACAUCCCUAGCUAUUGUUUACACACUUUUCUCUCUCCUCACUCUUCACUACUCACUUACUCAGUCCACACUCCUCUCUACACUAGUAACACUACAUAAAACAAAAACAAAAACAAAAACAUCUGAAUCUUUCAACAUUACACUAUUAUCCAAAUUCCAAAGCCUCUCUUCUCAAAAUCCCACUUAAAUAACUAAUUUUAUUUUUCUCUUUCAUUUUACAAUUUUAUUUUCUGUAAGAACGAAGCUUGAAAAAAAUAAAAAAGCUGAAAACUUUAUUCUUCAUUUUCGGUGAAUUAAUAAUAUUUAUUAUAAAAUAAACAAAUUAAAUUUUUUUGAAAAUGGGUGAAGGUGAAAAUUGGGGAUGGCAACCAAGUGGGUCUCCAACAAUGAAUUUGGAGAGAUCAGAUGUACAUUGGAGUCAUUUUGACAGUUCUGUAAAUGCAGUUUCAUUUGGUUUUGUUGCUACUGCUGUUCUUAUUUCAAUGUUUCUUGUUAUGGCCAUUUUUGAGAGGUUUCUCCGCCCAAAUCCGCCGGAACUUCCGCUGCCUAGCCGCCGUGACAUUGAAUCCCAACUGGGUUUUCAUUCAAAGCUUGGUUACUCUUCUCCCAAGAUGACAGUCUACUCUCAAGAGCAUCCGGUAGUGAUGCCUGGAGAUAAUAUUCCAACUUUCAUUGCUCAUCCGGUUCCUCUUCCGUGCCCUCCUGACCGCAUCCAUUGGCCACCCUGUAAGUUUAAAUUACCUCCAAAAGGCCCUCAAAAUGCCAGAAGUACCCUGCAAGCUAUCGUAAGAGAAUCAGUCUAAAGAUAGAUAGCACAAUAGCACAUAUUGUUGCAAAUUUCUUUUUAGUAUGGACAAUUUUUAGCUCGCACAAUGGAGAUUUUCUUCUCCAUUUGAGUUGUUUACUACUUGUACAUAGAGCAUCUCGCUCCUUUGUGUAGACUCGCCCUUUCACUUUGAGAGACUGAGGCGAGCAAGGCUUACUGCUUUCAGUUUCUAGGGAUCGAUGAAGUUGCGGAUCAAAUUGAAAUCCCCGGUUGUAAAAAAAUUGGAAUAUGUAAUUGAUAUGUUGAGCACAAGCUGAUUCAUACCAUGUUUUGGACCAAGUUUUUUGACAUGGUCAGAAAUUAGAGAACCAACAUGUUCUAAACAUUAUUUUUAUAUUUCACUGUGAUUUACAUCAUUUCGAAAAUUACAACUGUAAUCUUUGUUAUCUUAACACUCUUUGUUGCCGGAGUAU